GUCCGUUGAAAGAGGGGUAAUUGUUUCCGUUUCACGCUUUCUGUAUUUCUUCAUCUUUCUUUAACAACAUGACUACAGAUAUUAUCACUACUCACUUUUCAGAUAACUUUUGGGAAAGCCUUGAAAAGAAUGGCAUAACUAUUUUAUUAGAACGUAUGCGUGGUGCUAAACAAACUUGUGAAAGGUUAAAAAAUGCAUAUGAAGCAAGAGCACUACUGGAAGAAGAGUAUGGAAAGACACUAUUACAAAUUGCCCAAAAACAAAAGGCAUCGUCUACAGAAAAUGGUAAAACUAAAGUAGCAUUAGACACGAUGCAAGCCGAAUUCCAAUCAAUUGCGGAGUUGCAUAUACAACUAUCAUGUCAUUUACGCGAUAGUAUUGCCACGCCACUGGCGAAACUUAUCAACAAACAAAAGGCUGUCAGAAAGGAGCUUCAGAGUUCUAUUCAAAAGCUGUACAAUAAUAGACAGCUUCAAGUUCAUUUUGUGCGCAGGGCUCAUAAGCGACAUAAUCAAGAGAUUGAAAAAGCAAAUAUCCUUGUAGAAGGAAAAUCAACUGAAGAAGAAAAGCAGGCCGCAUUUAAAACAGCACAAGCAACUAUAGAAAAACUCAAAAGUGUAUAUGAUGAGGGAUUAAAUGACUUGACUAAAAUUGUUGAAGAAUGGAACAACGAUUGGAAAAAUACGUGUGAUGCUUUCGAAAGACUGGAGCAAGAAAGAAUACAGUUCUUCCAGACAAAUAUUUCAAAUUAUACAAACCUUAUGGUCGGAUGCUUAGAAAAUGAAAUACAGGCUUAUGAAAGAGUAAAUGUUAAAGUAGAGGAUGUGGACGUAAUGCAAGACCUUACUGAUUUUGUGAAUGAGAACAGGUCUACUCAUAUUGUUCCAUCACCAAUGGAUUAUAUCAAACUCCAUGCAUAUCAAGAAGUAAACCUUGGAAAGGGAGAAGAAACGAAGAGUACAUUUCAUAAUGCAAUUGAUCAUGAAGAGCAUAGUGAUACUGAGGAUCACGAGCCGGUGAAAAAUGUUGAAGAGAAAAAAUCAGAAGUUAAGCCAGUGCCUGAUAAAGUUGUCGUUGAACAUACGACUGUAACCACUAAACCUACUGAUGGCACAGUGGCAUUAGUAGAACAAGAACCAGAUACAGAUAGUCCCAAGAUUCUAAUGGUGGGAAAGAUGGAGGUGUAUGGAUCUGAUGAUAGUGAUGGUGAUGAAGAGUAUGAAUAUGUAACUGAAACAGAGUCAGAAGAAGAAAGCGAGAUAAAAGAAGAGAAAAAAGAGACUGUCGUAAGUCAAGAGAAAGAAGACACCAUGGAUUCCAAGUCAUUGUCCCAAUCUACGGAAAAGAACCAAGCAUCACCAGUGUCCGUAAAAGCGAAGGAAGGGAAAAAUAGAGAACCUAUAGAAAUCAGGCAAGACAAUCGGUCUACUUCGGACGAAAAUAUUAGUAAGUUAGCGGCCGCCUAUAGGAAGCAAGCUGCAGAUGUAAAUAUAAAGAAAGAUGAGUCAUUCUCCUCUAUUUUGCUAAAGAAAGGGUUGAGCACGACACGACGAAGAGUUUCAUUCUUAAAUGAUGAACGGCCCUCUACAGGACAACAGGAGGACAACAAGCCAUUGUACAAAGCACCAUCUAUUGAUGCUGUCAAAAGAACAAUAUCCUCAGAUAACACUGAAAGCCAAGUUACAGCAGAUAUAGAACAGGACGCAGCAGCAAGAGAGUUGGACAAUAUGUUGCGAGAAUUGGAUACUGCUCACCGCAACCACUAUAGACAGCCAAAUAUCAGACCAACUGCAUCAGCAUCCUCACCUAGCCUGUUGCAAGACAGAUGGAAAAGCUCAUAUUUUGAUUCACAAUCCAGUCGACGCAUGAGUAUGGCUGAUAACAAUGCAGGAAACAUUUCACAACGAGUGAGUCCUUCAAGAAAUUCAAACAACACGUCUUAUUCAUCCUCGACAAUGUCUAGCAACAACCUGGGAGACUUGUAUGACCCAUUUAAUUCUUUAUCAUCCUCUUCAAAAUCUGAAGCAAAUAGUUUAAAUGAUGUUAUGCCAACCAAAUCCAUGUCAACCUCGAAUACGCCUACAGCGCAAAUGAUCCAUGAACGCAUGUUGAGAAAUGGCAACAGAUUAGGACAUUACCGACGCCGUUCAGUGAAUAGCGCAGAUACGAUAUCCUCAGGGUCUUCAGCAUCGUUAGCUUCUGUUCGUUCAAGGGAAGGAUUCGUACAAAGUUUUUACAACUUGAAGAAAAAUAAUAGUGGCAUUUCAACGAUACCACCAGAAAGCAGAGAACAAUUCAUAGACUUUGCUAUCGCAUUAUAUGAUUAUGAAGGAGCUGAUGAAGGAGAGAUAUCAUUCAAGCAAGGUGAUCUACUUGGAAUUAUAUCCAAGGGAGACGAUGAACAAGGCUGGUGGGAAGCAAGUUUAUUAGAUAAAGUCAGUGCAAAGAUCAUUCAAACAGGACUUAUUCCUAGUAACUUUAUUGAAACAGCGUUUCGUUCAUAGAUGAACUUAAAAAUAAACAGCCUUUUCUCCAUGUUUACUUUUGCGUUGUCGCAUUUGAUGCGUCUUGUCCAAAAAAUGACAAUGAAGAGAUAGUUCGAGA